CUAAAGGCGUUUACGGGCAGGACGAUUACAAACAUUCGAGUCAGUGAGCCUUCCUCGAGAAGUUACACCGUGAUCAAAAUCGUACCGCACGAGAAACUUAGACGACCUGCGCACGGAAACGAUAUUUCUGUUGUCAAACUGGACAAGGACAUAAUCUUCAACGAAAAUACAAAACCCGUGAAGUUACCAUACACACACGCCGAGGAUCCCCCAGCUGGUGCGGUUCUAACGCUCCCGGGAUACGGGGUCACGAGUGUUGACGGGCCAUUGGCCCCUCAAAUGCAAUACGUGACCAUGAAAUACGUUUCGGACAAGGAGUGUCAGAGCCUUCUGAGAGCCUAUGCCAGAUCUCUCGUCAUUGUUCCUGCCCAACUUUGUGCCGGUGGGGAAGCCGGCAAAGACGGAUGUCAGGGCGACUCUGGGGGGCCGCUUUUCGACUCAAGUGGCGUCCAAGUCGGUAUAGUUUCAUACGGCUUUGGCUGCGGAAGUCCCAAUACACCCGGGGUUUACACACAAACCUCACACUUUUUGCCUUGGAUCAAACGGAAUACCAAUUUUUGAUUCGAUAUCAUUACAAAAAACAGUCGAAGGAACUUUAAAAAAAUCAACGCAAGGAUAUGGACCGAAACAAAAAAGGAUGAACAUAACCCAAAAAUCGAGCCGAUGUUAAUCCCGAGUUUAUUCGAAUAUAUAAGACGCCACUGAGAAUAAAACGCACCUCGAUUUAUAAUUGCUAAAAAUAAAGCUUUUCGCUGUACAAUUUACGCACCUA